AUGACUUCUCAGGAGUUUGACGAAUCCAUCAAGGGAGCUCUCCCUCCUGACUUUAUCUGGGGAUGGGCUACAGCGGCUGCCCAGGUUGAGGGCGCUUGGGAUAAGGAUGGAAAAGGCCCAUCCAUCUGGGAUACCUUUGCCCACACGCCCGGAAAGGUGAAGGAUGGGAGCACUGGCGAUGACGCUGUGCGGUCCUACGAUUUGUACAAGACAGAUGUCGCCUGGCUUAAGAAGUAUAGAGCCACGGGUUACCGCUUCUCGCUUGCGUGGUCACGCAUCAUUCCUCUUGGCGGAAAAGAUGACCCUGUCAAUGAAGAGGGCAUCGCUUAUUAUAACCGACUCAUUGAUGAGCUUCUCGCUCACGGCAUCACACCCUUCGUCACCCUUUUCCACUGGGAUAUUCCACAAGCCCUAGAAGAUCGCUAUGGGGGUAUGCUGAACAAGGAGGCUUACACGCCCGAUUUUAUUCGCUACGCACGAGUCUGCUUUGAGAGAUUCGGAGACCGCGUCAAGAACUGGAUCACAUACAAUGAGCCCGGCGUUUACUCCCUGGCCGGCUAUGCCGCUGGAGUACACGCCCCAGCUCGCUCAAGUUUCCGCGACCGCAACGAAGAAGGCGACAGCAGCACUGAGCCCUUCACCAUCGGCCACACGGAGCUCGUCUCCCACGCUUACGUGGCAGACAUGUACAAGAAAGAAUUCAAGCCAACCCAGCAAGGAAAGAUCAUGAUCACACUCCACGGCAACUGGUCCGAGCCUUGGGAUGCCGAUGACCCUAAAGAUCAAGAGGCCGCGGAACGGGCACGAGAGUUUGAGAUUGCCUGGUUUGCCGAUCCUUUGUACAAGACGGGAGAUUACCCAGCGUCGAUGCGAGCUCAGCUCGGUGAUCGUCUGCCGCGAUUUACGCCAGAGGAGAGCAAGCUCGUUCUUGGUAGCUCUGAGUUUUACGGCAUGAACUCAUACUCUGCGUUUUACGUUCGUCAUCGCGAUGAGCCUGCUGAUAUCAAUGACCAUAAGGGCAACAUUGUGCAGUCCGAUGAGAAUAAGCAGGGCCAACCUCGAGGACCAAUGAGUGACACAUACUGGCUCCGCACAACACCUUGGGGAUGGGCGAAGCUCCUCCGCUGGAUCUGGAACCGUUACGGCGUGCCAAUCUACAUCACUGAAAAUGGCACCACCGCCCAAGGCGAACAUGACUGGAAACCUAAAGGACCCGACGACGUCCUCGAAGACCCCUUCAGAAUCGACUUUUACAAGAGCUAUCUCACCGAAGUUGCCAAGGCGUCCCAAGAAGGCGUUGUCACCAAGUCGUAUUUCGGGUGGACAUUUACGGAUAACUGGGAGUGGGCUGCGGGCUACUCGGAUAGGUUUGGAUGUACUUGGAUAGACUUUGAGAGUCCCGAGAAGACGAGGUAUGCCAAGAGGUCGGCUUACUUUUUGGGAGACUUUUUCGAUCAUCUUAUUCGCAAGGAGUGA